AUGGAGAAAGCACAGCUCGUGUUCGUCCCCGCCUCUGGUAUGGGUCACCUUGUAUCGGCGUUGGAAGUAGCAAAGCUUCUUCUUACCCGGUGUCACCAGCUCUCCAUCACUGUCCUUGUCCUCAAUCAUUCUUCUGUCAGCUCAAAAGUUCAUAACUAUGUUGAAUUGCAGAAAGCUUCCUCCUCCACUAUAUCCAAUCGUCUUCGAUUCAUUGAUCUGCCCAAAGACGAGACUAAAUUGUUUAAUUUUUCUUCUUUCAUUGAGAGACAGAAACCCCAUGUCAAAGAAGCUGGGUUGAAGAUCACUCAGUCCGAGUCAAGCGUUGACUCUCCUCAGCUGAAGAUUCGUGAUGAAGAAAAUUUUAACCCCAUUGAGUUCAGGGGCUCAACUGCUGAGUUACCAGUCCCGACUUUGGUAAACCCUUUUCCUGCUAGGAUUAUGCCUUCUGCGAUGUUGAGCAAAGAGUGGCUUCCUCCUAUACUUGACAACACAAGAAGGUUUGUAGAAGCUAAAGGUAUUAUAGUAAAUACGUUCUUAGAGCUGGAAUCACAUGCGAUUGAAUCAUUGAAAUGCCUCCUGUUUACCCUGUUGGACCCAUUUUGGAUGUGGGGUUGGAUGAAAGAAACACUCACCAAGAAAUCAUGCAAUGGCUUGAUGAUCAGCCUCCUUCAUCUGUGUUGUUCUUUCUUGUGCUUUGGGAGCAACGAAGGUUUGAUGAGGAUCAAGUGA